UUCUUGAAAAAUAAGUUGAAUGAUCCAGUGGUCUUAUUGGGAUAGGUAAAUUGCGCGUAUGUCGUAAGUAAAGAAUGCACGUCUACUUACUGCCUUUGCAAUUUUAGGCUUUUUAGUCACAAAGGGGAGGAGUUUUACCAUUUUAAUGUCCAGUUUCAUUGGCUGUUGUAUCCGCCAGUUAUGCGGAACUGCAGUUUUACACCUUCUGAUGUUGAAACGUUUUGUUUUUCGGGUGCACAUAAUGUAGUUUAUUUUAUGUAUGUUUUUUUAUUAAACAUGCGAAUCUUUUUACUAUUUUACUAAAAUAGUCGCUCACUUAACAGUUUAGUUUCGGUAAACGACUAAAAACCAAAAACCGAGCCCCAUCGCAAGAGGUGAGGUGAAGGAAAAGCGAGACUCCCGAAUGUAAACAAGAAAUGGCCUUAAAGAAAAGACCUGUCAACAAUGCAUAGCUUUCGGGAACAGACAACUCGCAUUCGGUGUCUUACUGUAACGUAAAAGGCAACUUUCAGCUGCCGGACCACAUCUUUCUUUUCAAGGAGGAUUUCAGAAUGCAGAGGUCAGAGUUCAAGCCCCCGGCACAAUCGCCUCCUCGCCUUGGCCCUGCCGGGCAGACUGGGACGAACACUUCGAUCGAGAAAGAAGUGGGGAAAAGUCCCGUAAAGAGUGACAAAACAGAGUUCCCUCCUGAGUGGGAAGAUGAUGAACGAAUGGGAUACCUUUUCUCGGCAUUCAAGCAGACCAGGGAGGUCAACAGCUUGGACUGGGAUGGCAAGAUGGAGUUCUGGUGCCCAUUAAUUGUGAACACCUGCCGGCAGCGAGGUGUUGUCAGUAUCUCACUUGGAGAGCUCAAUGACAUAUUCCGCCGUAAAGGAACUUCUCCACUAGGCUUGGGCACGAUUUUGCAGGACAUGAUAAGACGUGGAAAGCUUCAGAAAGAGUCAGAAUUUGCAGCAAAUGUAGAUGCAGGAUGGAUUUCUUGGGGUGUGGGCUUGCUACUUGUCAAACCACUAAAGUGGACAUUGUCAACCAUCUUGGGGAGUAACCGUGUGCCCUUGGAGGAGACUUAUGUGAUGAUUGAUCUUGUCAAGGAAAAAGCUUCUAAACUCCUUCAAGUUUACCGCAGCUCUCCAGCCGCACAGCAGGCACUGGUUCCUUUCCAGGAAUUGCGGGCCAUUGCUGCUGACAUCUGCCCAGAUGAAAACACGCUUUGCCUGGCACUGUUGCAAUUGCAGAGAGAAAAGCAAGUCAAUGUGACGUUACAUGAUGGAGAAAAGAUUGUAAAGUUUACUCAGCCUGGGCAGAGCCGUGUAUCUCCAGUAGGCGAUGUUGAUCUUGGUAUAUAUCAGCUUCAGAAAAGCGAAAAACUUUUGGAAGAAAAAAUUGAAGCAUUGGCCAGUGAGGCAGAAAGGUGUAAAGAAGAAGCCAGGGGUUUGCUGCAUGAGGACAAGAAAACGCAGGCCUUGCGCUGCCUGCGUGCUAAGAAACGUAUUGAAAAGCGUUCUGACAGUCUGUAUGCACAGCUGGACACAAUACACGGUAUCUUAGAAAAGAUUGCCAAUUCACACACAGACCGAAUGGUAAUUCAGGCCUAUCAGACUGGUGUUGCCACCCUGAAACAAUCACUGAAAGAUGUUACAGUGGAAAAGGCAGAAAAUCUUGUCGAUCAGAUCCAGGAGCUUUCCGAGAUGCAGGACGAAGUGAAUCAGACUCUUUCAGGAUUCAGCCUUGAUUCUACAGUUGAUGACAUGGAUCUGGAGGCAGAACUGGCCAUAUUGAUGCAAGACUCCACCCCUGAUGGGCCUUCUGCUCUGCCUGAUGUGCCAGAUAAACCUGUGUCUUCAAACCCGGCCAGAGUGAAGUCAGAGGAGGGCUUAGUGGCCUCACUUCCUGCUGUGCCCAACACAGACCUAGGAAUCACUGAAGAAGAGCUGGAACAGGAGCUUAACAGACUGACUUUAGUGGAGUAAGGUGUUAGACUGACAUCUGACAUCUUAUCAGUGAAAAGCAGAAGUCACCUAGUUUGGCUGCUGAUAAGGUUGAAAAAUACAGUCCUGGUAAAUCUAAGUAUUGUUAUUACGAUUCCUUUCAUCUUACAAUAAAAAAUUUGUAAAGUCAUUGUGUUUUUGCCCUUUUAUAAAAAAAAAAUUCUUGUACAAGAACAUUUUUCUGUAACUGUUAAAGUGGCCUUUACUUUUUUAAAUUAUGUAAUACACCAUUGCUGUUAAGCCCUUACUUGUAUUAAAUAUGAUAAUACUAUGAUUUCAAA